GCCUUCCUUCCUUCCCUCGAAGUUGGGGAGGCAGCGCCUGUUUGUUUUUCGCCCCACCUGCUGGGAAAAGAAGCCACACUCUUUUCUAAAGGGCUGGCGCGGGGCAGAGGCAUCUUUCCUCGCCUCAACUUUGGGAGAGAAGAAGAGCCCAGAGGCGAAGGAGAGCAAGGGACUCCGGCGGGGAAGAGACUCGCCCUCGCUGUCGCCACGGAGUCUCCCCCUCGAAACCAGGAAGCGAAGGAGCCCCUCUGGCUGCCCCUCCGCCUCAUCCGCACGCUCCCGCUUUCUCUCUCUCUCCUGACUCGCUCCUGGGGUUGCAGCCAGAGGCUCAUUAGCAGCCGCGAAGGCCAGGACUCGCUCGCUCUCCAGCUCUCUCCGUGGCGUUUCUCCCCUCAAGUUGGGCACUUUGGGAAGCGGGAGAAAGACUUCAGGCGAGGACUUGACGUUUCCUCCGGAGUCAAGGCACGGAAGUUUCUCUCUGCCGGGUCGCUUCUACGUCCUCCUCUCGCAACACUCUCCGCUUUGGGGUCUCCAUCCUCCUCGCUUUCCUCCUCCGCGGCGUGCGUGCUUUCUGCCUGCCUGGGCUGGUUUGUUUUCUUCCUGGAGAGGAGCCUGCGAAGCGCCAAAGAAGACGAGCAAGGGACCGAGACCCUCGGUUUGCCUGCCUUCCUUCCUUGCCCUCUUUCCCGUUUGGACCGCCUCGCUCCCCCUUCCGCUCCGGAUCCCUCUUGGCUUUGUGGUCGCGCUCCUAGAGGCCUCCUUUUGCCUUUCCUUUGCCCCUUCCUCGCUGAAAAGAAAUAAAUACCUACAUUGAUUCCUUCCUGGUGGAUUGGCUGCUCCGUCGUCCUCCUCCUCCGCCGGCGAUGAAGCUCUCGCCUUGAAGAUGGAGACUCUCUGGGUGUUGCUUCUCUCCCUGGUCCCGGCGUGCGCCAAGGGCCAAGGGGUCUACGCACCUGCUCAGGCUCAGAUCAUCCAUGCUGGACAAGCAUGUGUUGUAAAGGAAGAUAACAUCAGUGAACGAGUGUACACCAUUCGAGAAGGGGACACCCUUGUUUUGCAGUGUUUGGUAACGGGGCAUCCACGGCCACAGGUGCGGUGGACCAAAACUGCUGGCAGUGCCUCAGAUAAAUUCCAGGAGACAUCAGUGUUUAAUGAAACCCUUCGAAUUGAGAAGAUACAGAGGCUGCAAGGGGGUCGCUAUUACUGCAAAGCAGAGAAUGGGGUUGGAGUUCCUGCUAUCAGAUCCAUUCGAGUAGAUGUACAGUAUUUGGAUGAGCCUGUUCUCACUGUCCACCAGACCAUAAGUGAUGUACGUGGCAGUUUCUACCAGGAGAAGACCGUCUUUUUGCGGUGCACAGUCAACUCCAAUCCACCUGCUCGCUUCAUCUGGAGACGGGGUUCUGAGACUCUUUCCCACAGCCAGGACAAUGGAGUUGAUAUCUAUGAGCCAUUGUACACACAGGGAGAAACCAAAGUCCUCAAGUUGAAAAAUCUCCGGCCCCAAGACUAUGCCAGUUACACAUGUCAGGUGUCUGUCAGAAAUGUGUGUGGCAUUCCUGAUAAGUCCAUCACCUUUGCUCUUACCAACACAACAGCACCACCAUCACUAAAGUUGUCUGUGAAUGAGACCUUGGUCAUAAACCCGGGAGAUAAUAUCACUAUACAGUGUUCAUUAACUGGUGGAGACCCUUUGCCUCGGGUAAUCUGGUCCCACUCACCAAGCCCCAUGCCCCGCAACAGCCUGAUUCAAGGGAGCAAUCUUACCAUCUGGAGUAUCCGAGUGGAAGAUUCAGGGUACUACAACUGCACUGCUAUCAACAAUGUGGGGAAUCCAGCCAAGAAGACAGUGAAUCUGCUGGUGCGAUCCAUGAGGAAUGCUACAUUCCAGAUCACUCCUGAUGUGAUCAAAGAGAGUGAAACUAUCCAGCUUGGGCAAGAUCUGAAGCUCUCUUGUCACGUGGAUGCUGUCCCACAAGAGAAGGUUUUCUACUUCUGGUACAAGAAUGGGAAGCUGGCCAAGCUCUCUGACCGGCUAGUUAUCAUCAGGAAUGAUCCUGAACUUCCACCAGUGACAAGCAGCCUGGAGAUAAUUGACCUCCGCUUCACUGACUAUGGCACAUACCUGUGUGUGGCUUCCUUUCAAGGGGCACCCAUUCCUGAUCUCAGUGUUGAAGUGAACAUUUCUUCAGAAACCGUUCCUCCAACCAUUAUGGUGCCCAAGGGCCAGUCCACCGUCACUGUCCGUGAAGGCUCCAGGGCAGAGCUACAGUGUGAAGUCCGAGGGAAGCCUAAACCACCCAUCAUUUGGUCCAGAGUAGAUAAAGAAGCUCCUAUGCCUUCAGGUGCCAUGACUGUGGAGACCAGUGAUGGCAAGCUGCAUUUGGAGAGAGUGACUCGAGAAAUGAGUGGGACCUACAAAUGCCAGACAGCCAGGUACAAUGGCUUCAACAUCAGAUCCCGAGAAGCCCUGGUACAACUCAAUGUACAGUUUCCUCCAGUAGUGGAGCCAGUUUUCCAGGAUAUCCGUCAAGCUGUGGGACGCAGUGUCACCCUUCGCUGUACCAUGCUAAAGGGAAGCCCAAUGAAAGUAGCCACUGCUGUCUGGCGAUUUAAUGGGAGUCUGCUCACGGUACCUCCAGCAGAGCAGCAGGACUACUCUGAGUAUAAGGUGGACAGUUUGAGCCGGGAGACAAGUGGCAGCUAUGAAUGUAGCAUCUCCAAUGAUGUUGGCGUAGCAACUUGCCUCUUCCAAGUGUCUGGCAAAGCAUACAACCCAGAAUUUUAUUAUGAUACCCCUAACCCCACCAGGAAGCAAUCCAAGAACUACUCUUAUGUCUUGCAGUGGACACAGAAGGAGCCUGACGCUGUUGAUCCCAUUCUUAGUUACCGGCUGGAUGUCCGUCAGAUGAAUCAGCGAGAUUUGCCUCCCAAAUCCAUUUCUGUGCGGAAGAUGGAAAAGGGCAUGCUACAGGAACACCUCCUGACUGACUUGAAGGUGCCUCAGAGUUAUGAAGUUCGGUUGACGCCCAUAACCCGCUUUGGGACUGGGGACAUGGCUACUCGCAUGAUCCACUAUUUAGAACCAAUCAGCUACCCUAACCCAGUAGGUAAUACCUGCCACUUUGAGGAUGAGAAGAUAUGUGGCUAUACACAAGACACGAUUGACAACUUUGACUGGAUUCGUCAGAGCAGCUUAACCCAUGAUCCCAAACGCUCAGCCAACACAGGCCCAACAAUGGACUUCAGUGGAACACCGGAAGGCUACUACAUGUUCAUUGAAGCCUCUGCACCCCGGGUGAAGGAUGACAAAGCUAGGUUAAUCAGUCCCAUGUACAACAUGACUGCCAGAUUCUGUGUCUCCUUCUAUUACCACAUGUAUGGGAAGCACAUUGGCUCCUUAAAUCUCUUGGUUCACGUGAAGAAUAAACAGCCCACACAAGCCUUGUCAAUCAAGGGGGACCAAGGAAAUUUGUGGCAACAAGCACAUGUUCCUAUCAACCCUGCAGGACCUUUCCAGAUCAUCUUUGAAGGUGUUCGUGGUACAGGUUCAGAAGGAGAUAUUGCCAUUGAUGAUGUCACUCUGAAAAAGGGUGACUGUCCAAGGAGGCCAACUGCCCCAAAUAAAGCGGUUGCCCUUCCAGGAAAUGGUGCAGUCACCCACCACAAAUCUUUCCUCUGUGGACCUCUACUUUUCUUCCUUUAUGUACUGCUCAGAUGAUAGCAAGCAACUGUUCUACUCUUCAAUCUAAGACAUUCCUCCUCCUUUCCUACUUGGUCACCUCUGCUCCUCUUGCUCCCACUCCUCACUGGCACACCAAAGUGUCUGUAUGUUACCAAAGACUAACAAGCAUGACUACACCAAGGAGAUCCAAUUCAGAACCUGAAGGAUUCCUGGAGGAAGUCAUCAUGUUUAAAAACCAAGCAAGUAUGAAUAAAAAUAAAGACACAAGAGAAAGUGGGAGGAAGCAAUGGAAAGAAGAGCUGUGAAUAACAGAAUGAAAAGGCAAAAGCAAGGAUGAAAAAAGAUAUUUAAAAGGAUAGAUGAAAGGGGGCAAGGCCAUGUUUCCCUAUGAACAGUGAACAGGACUUCCUCAGGGAAGUGGGAACUUUUGUUUUAAACAAAAACAAAAUAUAUUAAAGCACAAAUUUCUACCAGAACAGUUACCUUCUUGACUGCGGAGCCACAGUUUGUGGAGACAUUUUAGCACAGUGCUCACCUUCUGGAUCUCUGUGUUAUGACUUUUCCCUGAUGGGCUCUGUCAGCCACCUAUCUGCUGCAGCACCAUCUCACCCUCAUCCUUCCAAAAGAACAUCCCACUCGUCUCCAUUGGGGGCCACCCCCUCCUUGCAUCCUAGUGACCAUAGAUCCUUGUCCCUCAUUGCAUGUAUUCAGAGUCUCCAUAUGCAUUUUCAAGACUCUCAUGUAUUUAAUUGUCCAUGUGCAAUUUGCUUUGAAUCAUCCUUCACACCUUUGGGCGCCCAGCAUUUGGCUUAGUAAAGCAGAGAACAAAACCUGUUGUGCACUGUGGAGAAGGAUGGUGAAAUUUGAGGCAAGCAUAAGCUGCAGGACCAGCUUGUUGGCAUCUUCCAUCCUCCUCCUCCUCCUCCCCCCUUCAAGAGCUGUUCAACUCUUACCCUUUGCACUCAUUUCUGUUCACUAUCACACAGACAGAUUGUCAAAAUCCAGCACAGAGACUAAAACUAAAGGCCUCAUGGUAGAGCACCGAAGCAAGAUGGCUAGAUGGUGGCAUUGCAGUCAGUCGAUGUCAAAGCCUGAACCUUGGAAGCCUUAAAGCAAGGAUCUCCUUUCAUUUUAAUGUUAAUUUAUCAGCUUCUCAUUCUCUUUGUGUAAGUCACAACUGCUACAUUAAAAAAUGCAGGGAGAAUCAUAUAUUUCUUUUAAUUUUCUCCUGAUCUCUCCCCCAGGUUGUCCUUAUGACUUCUGAAAUGGCAAUACUUGCAUGUUAAUUGUGGUACCAAUUCUUGGUAUAUUACUAAUCACAGGGUGCUGAUACCAUGGUGCUUGGUUACCUAUUUAAGGACAAACCAGCUGUAUCUUGUUACGUGAUGAAGUGGGAGACAGGUGAAGUCUUAGAAGUUUGGUGGUAAUACAAAGAAUCAGGGAGUGAAACAUGCCAAACUCCUAGGAAUUGAAAUAGGCAGUGUACUCAGUUUCAAAAGGUGAAAUCUUUGGAUUUAAAAGAAAUAUUUGGAUUUAUUUAAAAAAUAAAUGCAUACAGAGUUGAAGACUAUAUGAUGUAUGCUAUGCUACCACUGUGAGAAAAUAAAUUAUCCCAGGCAAGUCAGAUUGUUACUUCCAGAUUUGAGGUUGGCAAUAGUGAGCCAACAAAAUCUUUAGGUCUGAUGCUACAGUUUUAAAGCCAAGUGGAAUUGGUCAGAACAUGCUGCCACAAUGAGCUGCUAGGGGUAGGUCUUAUCAUCCCCUUCCUGUGAUUACAAGCAUGGAAAAGAGAUAGAUACCAUGUAAGUAUAUGCAUGACACAAAUGCAUCCAUUACUCCCACAUUGUGAAUUGCAUUUGUAUUCCAGGAUCUAUUUCAGAUUGUAGAAUUCCAUCAUUGAUCUAUUUAGGUGUAGAAUUCCCAUUAUCUUCCCAACUAUAUUCAAUGAACAAGUUUGGGCUUCCCCAGUCAAUAAUAAUUAUAUAGAGGGGGGAGAUUAAAAUAAUGUAGAUAAAAGUAAAUAUUGUGACCUCUCCAUUAUCAGGUAUUUUUGCCACUAUUCCACACAUUUUUUAAAAAAAAUGAUGUUUUCAGAGCUGAGUUUAUUGUUUUAAGGAAGCUACUGAAGUCCUAAGCAAGUCAAGCACAUAGUUAUGGCCAGAUUAUCUUCAGCACUUCCAUGAAAUUGUGUUUUCUCCUUCCAGUGGACAUCUUCAAAACUUUGUACAGCUGAAAAUGCAUAUUAUGAUUGGUAUCUUCAUUCUAUGGGAUAUCAGAACAAUAUCUAUGUUCGUAUAUAUAGGUAAAUUCAGAUUUAUGAUAUCAUGUGUUACCGGAAAUACACAAUGUUAUCAUAGCUAUAAAAGUUUUAGGAAAGGUGGAGAUGGGAGCAAAAAAAGCAAAGGGUAAGGAUGUGGUGAUAUUUCUAUCUGAGUAUAUGGAUUCUGGCAAUGCAUUUAUAGCACCUUGGCAUUUUCUUUAAUCUAACAUUACCAUAUCACUUAAUCAGGAUCUGGUUAUAUGAUUUCUUCUGCCCAAAGGCAUUUUUGCUGUUCAAAAGAACUAAAAUCUAUAGUUGUUUAUCUCUGUUAAACUAGAAGCAAGCUCUGACAAAGAAUUCAGUCAUGUCUUUCAAAAACAGGAUGCUAAUAGUGAAAAAUGGAUCAUUAACCAAAAUAAAAUACAUAUACAAUAUUGGUGCAGAAGGAGGCACAAAAAAGGAGAGGGGUCUUAAACAUCUAAUAUUUCCAUUAAUGAGAUUUUAAAAAUGAAGGCUGCAUCACCUUUUCUUCUGAUCACAGGGUUCUUAGAACCAUUGGAGUUCUACCAGUACUAAUAGGAUGCCUUCUUGGUCUUUAGGCAAAUCUCUUCCAACUUUUAGCAGGAACUAGUUUUCCACUUGGGACCCCUUCUGGUUCCAUCCUUUUUUAUGAAGUACAGCUGAAGCAUCUUCCACAGAGUCCACUGUAAACACUGCACAAUAGAUUCAUGAAAAUGUUUAAACCUGCCAGUAGGUGAGAUUCAUAAUUUUUUUCAGGAUCCAAACACUGAGCUAUGUGUCCCCUAUUUGGAGUCAGAAACCACAGUUUAAGAAGCCCCGAAUUAGGCAAACAAGAGACACAGAUCAAAAGUUUAUCAUAGUUACAUUAUUUGAAGACAUUGGGAGAGAUCUUGUAGAAGAUAUGAUUGCAUGGUUGGGCCUAGCAAACCUAUCCCUCCAGCUUUCCAAGGUUUUGCAUGCAUCUGAAUCUGUCCUCAGAACAGGGAGAAAAUACUGAUCUUGCAACCCGCUCAAUAUCAGCUUUAUUAUGUGAGCAUGAGUCUAUGUGAGAAUGGAUGAAAGAAGUGCCUAUUUACAUGGAAAGACUAGAUUGUCCUGUAGGGAUUGACCAAGUAUACCACUAUCAGGUAUCUACCAAUGAGAAAUCGGCCUUUUAAUCAUCCUCACAGAAGUCUCAGGGAGCCUCAUGUGUAGAUACCUGUCUCGUGUUCAUUCUCUUUCCUUGCUAUGGCUUAGAAGCAAUUGGUUACCUUUUCUUGGGGAAAAAAUGUUUUCAAGUGCCUUUGCUUGUCAGAAAUAUAAAAGUGAAAGGUGUUGAUCCAGUCAGUAGGAAUCUGCUAUUGCUAUGAGUGAAUUUCUCAGAAAUACAAGACUGCAGCAGUGGAAGGAGAGAAGGAAUUGCUCCCAUCUCCCGGUUCUGAAGACAGGAGCUAUUCCAUCAGCCAAGUGACAGCACUGGAUCCUGCCCAGAAUGAAAGAUUUCAUGACAUUGACCAGAUUACUCACAGGAGGAACAGAGUGAGCUAGUACAGCAGUAAGGACAACUCCCUUAUGCAGGACAAUGUAGCGUACUUGUAGAACCUGUCAAGGAUGAGCUCAUGCUGAAAGCUAAAAAAUGUUUGCAAGUUUCUAUUACAUGCAGUAUUAGGCCCAAUUUUUUAAAAGAAAGUGGUUUUUCUUUUGAUUACCUUCACAGAGGAGAAAACAUUUCCUACUGAUUUCAAGUAGAUAGGUAAUAUUCCCUUUCUAAUUUGGAACAGAACGUACUCUGGGAACAGUGCUAUGUCAAGACAGCAUCAUUCCCAGGGGCUUUGUGGGAAGGGAAAAACAUGCUAAAGAAUUCCUCUCUGCCCCAUUGCCACAAUGAAAUCACAAAUAUUCUCUUCCACAGCUUUGUAGGGAAACAAAUAGUUUCCCAAAAGAGAGGAUUUUUCUCUAGACACUUGAACAUUCAGACCUCCCAAGUAAAUGUCAGGUACUUCAGUGAAGUAUUAUCAACCACUUAGGAAUCAAAAGCUACUUACAGCCUAAUAGCUGUCAGGUGUUGUGCUGUUAUUUAGAGUACAUAUAAAAUUAUCAUUCUGAUUCAUCAAAGUGGCCCUUUUUUCUGAAUAUAAGAAGCUUAGCACCCAGGUCCCUAGACAUGUAAACUUUUGAAGAUAAAACCAGAUUAAAGGAGUGCUUUGGCUGGUUGUAGUCUUGCGUAAUUGGCCCUCUCUAUUGUGAUGAACUUGUCACAUGAGACAUUCCUUCCACCUCAGAAGUGAGGCACACAGCUGCCUCUAAGCAAUCACUAUGAAUACAACUGUAAAUAUAGGUUGAGCUAUCCUGGGAGGUACUACAAAAAUAAGAGCUGCUAUUAUCUUUAUCAAAGUAUCUGUUGCACGAGAUGCAAUAAAAUCAAGAAGGCAUUCCAGUUAAAGAUCAAAGCUGUGUGGGUGGGUAUCUGCAGAAUAUUUUGUAUGUUCACAUUCUUACAUUUAAACAUUUUUAUCAGAGCAAUAAAUAAGAUAUGCUGUUAAAAAUGGUAAUACAGUAUCUUGAAUAGUGGGUCUAUUUAUUACAAUUUAUUUAUUACAAUAUUUAUAUCCCGCCCUUCUCACCCAACAGGGGACUCAGGGCGGCUUACAAAAAACACAUAUAUAAAAGUGUACAGUGCACUAUAAAUCAGUUAAAAAAUAAUUAUUAACUUACAUCAGUAUUAAUAAAACACAUUAUCUGUCCUAACAGUUAAAUACAGCUUCCAGAUGCAGAGGACAUAUACAAACUUCCAUGUACUGAGAACAAGCAUAUUACCAUCUUGAUUCAGCAGUGGACCUCUGCCUCGGAGUGUGGUGGAAGCUCCUUCCUUGGAGACUUUUAAACAGGCUGGAUGGCCAUCUGUGAGGGGUGCUUUGUGCUUUUCUUGCAUGGCAGGGGGUUGGACUAGAUGGCCCAUGUGGCCUCUUCCAACUCUAUGAUUGUUUCAUAUGGUUUCAAAGCAUAUCUGGUAUUACAGUUGAAGAGUUACCACCAGAAUUGAUAGAUCCUGGAUCAGAAGCAGCAGAGAUUUUUACAUUCAACAUAUGUAUACAGAUGCCCCCUGUAAGUUUGAUUUUUACUGCUAUGCAUUUGUUGCCUUUUGAAAAAUAGUACCUCAUUACUUUCUGUGCUUGUAUUGUCAAGGCAGUCUAAGGAUUGUAUUCCCACCAGGUGAAAUAGAAUGUAUUUCUUAUAUGGAAUAAUUAGUUUCACAAAACUAAUCAAAAGAGCAGACAAGAUAUUAUGUGAUUUAUCUAACCAAUGGAAAAAGGUCAGAGGAAUGAAUGAGAAGGAAGGGGUGAUUUUAGAGUAUUGAAAUCUGGGUGUUUGUAGCAUCUGACUAGGGGAAAUGUAUAAUUUCAUUGGCGUGGUUGUCUCUCUUCCUGUCAUUAUAGAUAUAUCUUAAACAUGUAAUAUCAGUUAUUCCUAAGGAGGGCCACUUUAGCAUGGUUCCAAGGACAUCUCAAUAAUUUCUAUAGAGCUAUAUCAUCAAUGACAGAUACAAAUACAUUUUUAUAACUGAACAGGUGAAGCGAUCAGAAUUUAAUGUCUGAUUUGCUACAAUACAAUUGUAGCUCAGGUGCACCUUAUAUAAAGGAUGAGAGAUUUCAGACUAGAUAAGUUAACCAAUAUUCUUCAAUAGACAUGAAGUCGUUUAUCUAUGUAAUCCCUAUUUUAAAGCUUACAUGACAUUGCUCAGGCCUUAUGGAGGUAUUCAUGUUGUUGAGACCUGGAUUUAUUCCACUCUAGUAUAAUGGAAACAUUCAAAAUAUGGAACCCUUGUUUGCCUCUAUCAGAAUCCUCUAAUCUGCUGCUUCCGUUGACUUCCUACUCUCAUAGUCGGUCAUUUUUGCAAUUUAUGCUUCUUUUCUUUCAGUUACAUGGAGCACAUUGUAACCAAAACCAGCAUGCCAAGAACAGGACUGGCAUCCUCUGUAUAGGACCUGCCAGUCUUUAAAGUGCUGUCUCCGUGUUUCAGUGUUUUCCAUUUGCCCUGAUUGGCCUCAGAUGAUGUUUAAUAAAUGAGCAUGACAUUUACAGAGAAAGAUCUCCCAUAGUGCCUUGGAAAAUUGCAUUUUAACAAGGGCCAAUUAUGUUCUGUGGUAACUGCAGGCUAGAGACUUUGGUUAUCACAGGAAGCUUACAACCCUUAUCUGUUUGGCAGCAAAAGAGGAAGGCAAAGGCAUCAGAGUGCUCUUGAGUUUUGCCCCAAACAGAAAGCCAAGCCAGGGCAGCCUUAUGUUUGAUGCAAGGCCAGGAGGUGGUUGCUAAUACAUAUAUAAAAUAUGUGAAUUAACAUGUAAGAACAAACAAUUAUAUUCUUGUUCACUCAGGCCUGGUUGUUACUGGAAGCAAAGUCUAAUCCUACUGGUAGUCCUAAAUAGAUUUACCAGUUCUUGCAUGGAGAGUCAACCUUUAGGUAAAUAUCAGAUUCAUGUGUCUGUUCAGUUUGGGACUAUUAUUAGGAUUAAAGACAAAAGAUAUGGAUAUUAGACAACAAGGAUCUAAGAUAACAGAAGUAACUGUAGCAUGUUAGAUUGCAGUAGCAGACCAUAAUACAGUCAGCCCUCCACAUUGGGGUUAGGGGCAAAGGACCACCCUGAAAGUGAAAAAUUGCAAAAAUAAAAAUAAAAUGCUGGGAUUUUUUUUUUUACAUUAAGAGAAGACCUCCAGGAGUGUCUAGGUCUUCCAACUCAUCUCUAUGGUUAAUUUCCUUUGAAAUCUCCAGAUUCACCAGCAUGACUGAAGGACAUUUACCAAAAAGUCACAACAGAAGAUCUAGCAAUUCCCAGAGAGCACAUUUUUAAUCAAAUCUGUGAAAAGUCACAUCCAAAAAUUCAAAAACAAAAAUGUGUGUAUGUUCCAGUUGAUGAAAGAUGAAAUGAAGACAGUUUAACUAUUUAGCAGGUAAAUUGAUGGUUACAUUGAUACAACAUUAGGUUCCUAGUUAUGAGCAGACUUUGUUUUAUCCUGCCACUGGUAUACUACAGCCCCAAAUAGGUUAAUGCCUAAGGCAUAGCUCAAUUGUAGUCCCUCUCAUCCCCAAACAUCAAUAAAGGCCAGUUCCUUGAAAAGUCAUGCUGUAGCAUUAGAACACCAAUUCUUGCUUUCGGUUUCAUCUGUCCCAGUCCUGCUUAAAGCAAACUGUUUUCCUGUUACGUGGAAGAGCCAGUCCAGGUUGUAAUUCAUUUUUACCACAUGUUAAACUUGCAAAAGCUUGGUAUUUUAGAUUAAAAUGGCUUUUCCAGACUCCAUACUUUAAAAUUAAUAUAAUAAUCAGAAGAACAUCUUGUUGGUAUCUAUUGUGGCACAGUGUUAUAGAUGUGACCAUCAGUGGUACUAGUUCAUUAUUCUAAAAUCCCUUUCUGUAGUAUCCAUCCUGACCUCAAUUACCCAAUAAUGAUUAUUAUCUAAGCAUAAUUCUGUAUAAAAAUAUAGAUAUAUACACACUGUCACAAAGGCCAGGGGUGUUAUCUUCCUCAAGGAGUAGCCAUUUGUCACGCAAAGCUCCGAAGGCAAUGAGUUUAAGGAUUAACACUGUUCUCUAGAACAGUAUUAAUUAAACGGUGCUCCAUGCAGUCAUGCUGGCCACAUGACCUGGAGGUGUCUAUGGACAAUGCCAGCUCUUCGGCUUAGAAAUGGAGAUGAGCACCAACCCCCAGAGUCAGACAUGACUGGACUUAACGUCAGGGGAAAACCUUUACCUUUACCCUAGAACAAUAAUGUAGGAAUAGGAGGAACAGAAUAAUGUUUUUAAGGAGCUUUCUAAAUAUAAAAUUUGUGAGGAAGCCAUAGAAGGAAACAAUACUUCCACUGCAAUUACCACUUUCCCCAAAAUCCAAGAAGUUUGUGGUCCAGGAAUUUAGACACUAGCAAUGCGAGCUCUACUGUUAAUCAAGGAGAGGUUCCUUGAUUCAAAGGAGUUAUUAUGAAAAUGUAGCAAAUUGUCAUGCUUUAUAAAAAUGUCCAGAAUCCUACAGCAUAUACUUAACUAAAUAUUUAACUUCUCCUGGCCUUACUUUUUUCCCUCUCCUAAACUUCUGAUCAUUGACAGGAUGACUAUCCUUCUCCCAAUGCAAUGAAUUAUAGUCUUAUUUACUUAUUAUUUAUUCAUUGCAUUUAUAUUCCGUCUUUCUCCAAGAGUGGGACCCAAGGCAGCUUCCAAAAUAAUUAAGUAUUCACAAUAUAAUUCUAAAUUAUGGUCGUAAUGUCAAAAUCAUAUUUAGUACUGUUCACGAAUGCAAAACCAUAACCAUGUUAUAGGGAGCUGGAGAUCUGCCAAUUGAAACCACAUGUUUGCAUAAAAGGUGCAGUGCUGUAGACUGAUUUGGGAUUGAAGAAAGGUUGUCAGUACUUUUGAGCACAGGCUCAACAGUGCAAUGAUCUGUUUCAGCUCACUGAAUGAAGCUUUUAGCCUUCUCACCCACAAAAUUGUCCUUAGUUUCCCAUUCACGUUUUCACAAAUUUUAGUUGUUGCUAUUUGACAAGUAGUUGGAAGUCAGAAAACCCUUCCAGAACUACUGCCAGUCACUCAGAGGUUUACCAGUAGAUCCAAAUCUAUCUUUUAUUUACUUCUGCCUGCAACAGGCAUUUAACAAGGAGAUUCUUUAUGAUAUAAUAGCAUUUGCACAGAUUCUUUCACUGCUUGUGAUUGUAUAGGAAACUCGCUUUGGCUUGGUUCAGAAUUGGCUUAGUGUUUUAGGGAUAGAAAUCUUAAUUCCUUCAUACGAGAACAAUGCCUAUUUCAUUCUUGCAUGCAAAUCAUAUCCAAAUGUCAUGGGCAAGACUACAAAAAACCAUUGCUUUCUUUGAUAAUUUUAAUACUUCAGGUCUUUCCUGUGAAAAAUGCUUUCUCAAAAAUCAUUUUUAACAGAAAAUGGUGUAUUUUGCACAAAUAAACAAAAUACACAUGGGCAGACAUGCUGUUCAAUAUCAUAACCCUACCUCAUGAUGUUAUGAUUAUGCGAAUUCAUGGUUAUGGUCAUUGAAUCAAUGCAAUGAUCAAAAGUCUUAAGCAACCUACUUUUCAAGUGAUCCGACACACACACCCAGGUCCUGUCACAGAUGCUUGCCACGUUUUACCCCUGGGAGAGGGCUGAGCACAUCAUCACUCAUUGUCCUGCUCUCCAGCACUUCCCAAAAAUCACCUGCAGGUAGGAUUUGCAGGGGAGACAUAGCUACAUCAUCAUAGUCAUGUCUUUGGUGCAGGAUCUUGACUACUUUUCUCUGUGUAAUCAAUGUUUUUUGCACAAAAACAAGGGAUUUGGGGGAUAUUUUUUUACAAAAAAAGUACUGAAUUAUGAAAAAACCUUAUUGUGUUUGACUGUUUUCUUGUCAGAGUCUCAUGUUUCAUCACAGACUAGAAAAUUUGUGAGUUUUCUUUUCAUCCCUGGCAUGAACCAGUGUUCUCAGUGAACAUUCAGCAAAAAGCUUUAUUUUUUCCAAGAGUUCUCUCAUGGCUAAUAAUGUUACCUUGUGCACACAGAUGCUGCUCCGUGUCCAUGCAUUAGUUUACUUCCUGCUCUGAAAACUCUGCUUUGGUUUGGUUUUCCAUGCAUGAUUGACGUUGUAGGGAAAGGUGGGUACCAUUCUUUUGUGGCUGGAAAUCUGGCAGCAUGAGAUCAUUUCACAAAUUGUAUGUACAUUUUAAAAAGCUCAGGUAAUUUCACAGCAUUCAGUAGUAGGCUUAUCAAAAGCAAGGGGUUAACUCUGAAGAAUUGCAGUGCGUAUGCCUACAAAGCAUCUGGCUUUGGGCGGCUGGUCUGCUGAAUGCUGAUCAGGCAGUCAAAGAAUCUCAUUUAACAUUCUGAACCAGAGAAGGAUGUCGGGCGCAUAUGACACUCGAUUCAUAGUACAGUCAACCAUUACAAGCUGGACAAAUAUCUAUAUUGAACCAAGUCAUUAUGAACUUUGGCACCGCCACUAAUUAUAGCUGCAUAUUCUGAACAGAGCAUCUCUUUUUAACUUUGUUCUGUAGUGGUGAUUUUCAGAAUCGAGUAGAGAGGAAAGAAUGGGUGUAUAUGUACUUGAGAAUUUAACAACUAUAUUUCUCUGAUGCCAAGGGCAACACCACUGUAUAGAAAUGUGCUGCUAUACUAGGUGUAUAAUAAAGUAUAUCUGUUGGGGAUGCUUUGAAUGCGAUUUCCUGCUUCUUGGCAGGGGGUUGGACUAGAUGGCCCAUGAGGUCUCUUCCAACUCUAUGAUUCUAUGAUUCUAUAAAUCCAGGGUAUAAAAAUGCAGCUGAUAUGGUGUACAGUAUAUAACCCCCCUGCCAUUAAUUAAGAGCCUAUCAACAGCCAACAGAUCAAGCUAGUGCGGUUUCUAUUGGAGCUUUUGCCACAUCUGCAUGACCAAAGGUUGGACAAAUAGCCAAUCUGGUCCCUUAGAGUUUUAUGUUUUUGAGAACCCCUCACUUUCCCACCCUGCAGUGGCCAUAUUUUUUUUUCUCAAAAUCACUUCCUGUUUUUUUAAGGCUUGCGUGGACAUAGUGUGCAGGAAAAAUAGAAUAAAAUUGCAUGGGAAUGUGUCAACAUGUUCAGUGGGACAUCCGUCCCCUCCUUUGACCUUUGUGCAGAUUACCAGGGUCCUACAUAGGCAAAUACAGCACAAAGAACAGCCUGUUGCCCAAGACACAGUUUGGAAAAAUAGGUGAAUGAAUAUUUAGUAUAGUUCCUGCUGCUACUUGCAUAAGAGAGAUUAUUACACUAAAAUUAAUUUUGCUAAAGGACAUUUGCUUAGAUUCCCACAUUGAAAUACCAUACAAAAUGUCAUUGAGAUUUUCAGCUUUGGAUUUGUCUGUAAGUAAUUGCUUGUGAUCAUUUAAACUUCACAUUUCAGUCCUUGCUAGAUAUUUUUUGUGUUCUGAAUUACCUGUUUUUACACCUUUUACACUUUAUGCAUUUCUUCUUAUAAUCGCCAAACCAUAUCAAUGGAAAGAAUGUCUAGUAUGCCCCUUUGAGCUCAUUUCAGAUUUAUGUGCAACGUUUCACAUGUAGUUUGACAGUACUUGCAUUUUAGUUUUAAGACAGCCACCUUAGCCAAAAGACAUUUCUGAAAUUCAAAUACUACAUUUCCCUGCUCUUAGAAACCAAAAUGUUCCUGAGAAAUACAUGUGUUCUAUUUUGAGACUUGAUCAGAAAUAAAGAUAAUUUUAAUUUUUCAUGA